UUUCACUUUGCUUCUACAUUCAUGGACGUAAAGUCAACAUACCUGGCGGAUACAUCAAUAACAGUUUUACAUGUGAUCUACGUGUAGCUUAUUCAGAUGGUGUGGCCUUAAAGCAGACCUUAACAAACAGCGUUUGUCCUUUUGAUAACGGGGUCCUCCCCUUCAAUUGCUCUAUAAAAGAAAAGAAAAGAAGAGGGUAUAAGCAUGUUUUUUUAAAUACUCCAAAACAAAAUCAUUUAGCUAUCAUCUUUUGUAUAAGCACACCUAAAAAAGCAUUUUUUACCUGGUAGGUUUGAAUUGUCAAAAACACCGUCUGUGUUGAGAUGACUUGUUGAACAGAUCUGCGCUGAGCUGAGACCAUGCAGGCCGCCGGAGGGGGUGCACCACCUUUUUAGAACAAGAGGUGGAGUCAGAUCACAAGUCGUUAUCAGGAGACGCUCUCCUCCUCGCCGCAUCAUCUCUUAUCUGAGGCCCGUUUGGACCUGACACUCGUUCAGAGCUGCCUGAACAAGUGGAGGGAUCUGAGUCGGACUGGAAGCAUCAAACUGACCCUAGGAUGACCCUCGAACCCCCCCUGCUCACCCCCUUGCUUCUUCUCCUUCUUCUUCUUCUUACCCUCCUCUGGGUUUUCUUCCCCAUCCCAGUGUCAAAGAGGCUUCCUGUGUGGCGGGUGUUAGGGGGUCUGCAGGAGUCUCUUCCCAAUGAGCGGAUGCUGGUGAAGCUGCUACUGUCAGGGAACACGAAAGAGGCACUGGGUGCAGCGCUGGAACCUGCUCACUGACAACCAGAAGCACCUGGAUAUCCUGUCGAACAGCUGCAUACACACAGGAGAGAAGGCUUCCCUGGAGAAGGAGACGGCGUGUGAGACGGUGCUUUCUGCUGAUGAUCCUGAUCUGAUGCACAAACUGGACCAGGCUGCAGAGGAAGGUCUGAGAGUCCUGGUAACUCACGUUGAGCGAUUGACUCCCACACCUCGGUUCCUGGAGAGAUUAUCCCGUCCUGCUGGAUGUUUCCUCCCAGGAUUAGAGCACCUUGUUCAGCCCCCUCACCCUGAGUUCUGCCUCCUGCUCAGCACCGACCUGCCUGCACACCUGCUGCACACAGAGAUCCAUCCCUCCGUCCUCUCCCUGGUCGCUGUGCUCGACCUCUCUCUGAGUUCAGCUGAGAUCCAGCAGCUGAUGCUGACUCAGCUCCUGCAGAAUGAGAGGAAGACACUGCUGAGUCGGCACUCACAGCUGCAGAGGGACAAACAGCUGCUGGAGCACAAACUGAUCUCAGAGCAGGAGUUUCUGCUGGACUCCAUCCUUCAGAGUGACUCCCCCCUGCUGCAGGAGGAGGUGUGUGUGUCUCAGCAGGUGUGUGUGUAUCAGGAGGUGUGUGUGAGUCAGGAUUCAAUGCAGCAGCUUCAGUUUGACCUCCAGCUGCUCAGCGAGGAGCUUCAGCACCACGACGUCCUGCUGAAAGCCCCCAGAAACCUGGUGAAACUGGCUUCUACUUUCUACCAGGCUCUACAGGAGGUGUCCCGCCUCUCCUCUGAUUACUGCUUCCCCCUGCAGGGCUUCAUCUCCGCACUACAGGAGGCUUUUAUUGUGGAGGGGUGUGAGGUGGAGCUCAGUAACCGGCUGGUGGAGAAGCUGCUGCAUCACUACAGACCGAGUCUCUACAGCGCACAUCUUCCUGCUCUGGAGCUCCUCUUCUCCCUCGCUCUGCUCCAACACCACUCUCAGCUCUGCUCUGAUGCGGAGAAGGCAGUGUUCCUCCGGGGCCUCCAGGACGUUCCACUCCCCGUCACCAAAAUAAAAGCGGGCUCCCUCCCUCCCAUUUCCUCCCUCCUGCCGGGCUGGAUCCCGCCUCCCAUCCUCCCCCAGCUGCUCCUCCUGGAGAGGAUCCUCCCCUUCAGAGGGCUGAUCUCGUCCCUCUGCUCUUCCCCCGCUCAGUGGGACGAGUACCUGCACAGCAGUGAUCACCCCCCGUCUGUAUCGGGUCCCGUUCCCUGCCGCUCUCACUCCCACCUGUCACUGAUACAGAGGGGGAUCCUCCUGAAGACCCUCCUCCCUCACAGUCUGCAGGGAUUGAACCAGGACAUGGCCGUGUACCACCGCCCCCUGCUGGGAGGGAGGGAGACCCCAUACAUCGGGAACCCCAAAGCCCUCUAUCAGUUCCUGAGAAAACAUGAGGGGCCUGUCAUCCUCACAUCACCCAAUCAGAGAGGAGAGGAGAGGACAAGCAUUCACCCUCUGAAAUUAAUUCACAGUCUGGCCCACUGUGGAGAAGACACUCAGGUUCAGGUGAGAGUCGUUUCCUUUGGAGCUGACAGAGAGGUGAUUCUCUCACAUCUGAGCACAGCUGCUACUGACGGACACUGGUUGGUGUUUAUUAACUGUCAGCUGCUGGAGACAUGGGACACUAAAGUCACCGCUCACAUCCACCAGCUGAUCUCCUCGUUAAGGGAGGAGCGACGCCUGAUUCACCCGAGCUUCAGACUGUGGUUUCUAACUCAGGAAAAUACAUCUACCUCCAUACCAGCGUCCGUGCGAGUGUGCGCUCUUCCUCUGGUGGUUUCCUCCUGCCUGGAUCUGAAGGAGCAGCUGAUCCUCUCCUUCCAGCAGCUUCACUCCUUCACACAGCGUCCAUCUUUAUCUGGAGUCUCUUCAGAGGACAUGGAGCUGUUAAUGAACACUGCCGUCUUCCACUCUGUGAUCCUGCAGAGACACAAACACAGAGGAGGGAGACACAGCUGGUGA